GGGACAAAGAGACAGACAGAGAGAUGAAUCCUGAGCACUGCAGCUCGGUGAAGACACAAAACAAAACACACGUGAAACUAUAACUGAAGGAAACACUCCCCUACUACUGGUAGCAAAAAAAGGGAAGCCAGGGGGGAUUCGGAGGGAGCACCAGUAGCUGUCCAUCUAUCCAUCUAACCAGCCAGCAGCAAUGCAGGGGCUGAUGUGGAGCCUGUGUGCAUUGCUCUGCCUCUCACUCUGGGAGGAAAGUUACUGCAGGAGCUCCAGGGAAGCCCGGAGGACCAAAGAGCCUUCUCUCCACAGGAGUAAAAGAGCCCCGAUUGACCCUGAUGCCAAAAAGUGUUCCUACACCUUCCUUGUACCGGAGCAGAAAAUCAUAGGUCCAAUCUGUGCCAGCACCACGGGCCCAGAGCCAGACAAGGACAGAGUGACCCGUAUGGACAUCGCAGAUGUGCGGGAGGUUCUUAAUAAACAGCGGCGUGAGAUUGAGACGCUGCAGCUGGUGGUGGAUGUGGAUGGUAACUUGGUGAAUGAGAUGAAGCUGCUGCGGAAAGAGAGCAGGAACAUGAACUCCAGGGUGACCCAGCUCUAUAUGCAGCUGUUGCAUGAGAUCAUCAGGAAAAGAGACAACUCUCUGGAGCUGGCCCAGCUGGAGAACCGCGUCCUCAACGUGACCUCGGAGAUGAUGCGACUGGCUUCGAGGUACAAGGAGCUGGAGUCCAGGUUCGCCACCAUGGCCGGGGUGGUGAACAACCAGUCCGUUCUCAUCUCUGCGCUGGAGGAGCAGUGUUUGAGGACGCUGGGACGCAGUGAGCUUCCUGUGGUUCCUCCUCUGGUUCAGGUGGUUCCUCAGAAUCUACCCGUUAACAACCGGUUCACCAAUGAGAUACAGAGGGACAACAACAACCGAGCCUUUCCUAGAGGAUCACGCUUGGACUCCCCCACUGUGAGCCCAUUUGGCAUAAACCCUCCACCACCACAGGGAACACUUACCUCUGAGGGUCCCUUCAAAGACUGUUUCCAGGUGCGACAGGCAGGCCACACCACCAGUGGGAUGUACCUGCUGAAGACAGAUGGCAGUGAUCGGUUGAUCCAAGCCUGGUGUGAACACGGCCUGGACAACGGAGGAUGGACCGUGUUACAAAGGAGGAGAGACGGCUCUGUUAACUUCUUUCGGAACUGGGAGAACUACAAGAGAGGAUUUGGAAACAUAGACGGCGAACACUGGCUCGGCCUGGACAAUAUUUACAACCUGGGGAAACAGGGCGACUACAAGCUGAUGAUAGAGCUGGAGGACUGGACGGGGAAAAAGGUGUACGCCGAAUACAGCAGCUUCCACCUGGAGUCAGAGAGCGAGGGCUACCGGCUGAGGCUGGGCACCUACCAGGGCAACGCCGGGGACUCCUUCAGCAGUCACAACGGCAAACACUUCACCACACUUGAUCGUGACAAGGAUGCAUUCUCUGGUAACUGCGCCCACUUCCAUAAGGGUGGCUGGUGGUACAACGCUUGCGGCCAGACCAACCUAAAUGGCGUGUGGUACAGCGGGGGAGUUUACCGCAGCAAGUUUCAGGAUGGGAUCUUCUGGGCCGACUAUGGAGGAGGUUUCUACUCUCUCAAGUCCGCCCGCCUCAUGAUCCGGCCCAUCGACUGAAACGUUGGACUGCGGUUCCUUCAAAUGCACCUCAGUUUUCUUCCUUAUCUUUAUCCCCCCAUUAACAAAGACGGUACAGGAGAACCAGGAACCCCUGCCAUCGUACAACAGUGCCUUGUAAAAUAUGAAGGAGGAAGAGACGGGGGCAUUAGACAAUAAUGACUCCAGCAGUCUGCACAGUGGCUCGCUCCCAAGUUGACUUUGAGAUAAAGACUGAUAACUGCUCUCCCACUCCUUUCAAUCCAUAAAGUAAUGGUUCAUCGAGCUCCCUGGGACCAUUAGGUAUUACUCCCAACUGUCCUAUUUAACUCACUCUUGUUAAAACUCAGUAUGUAAUAAUAAAAGGGAAACAGUCAUUUACAAAAGUUUUCCUCCGAGCAGCUAAUGGGGACUUUUUUUUAAAGUAAUGUUGCCCAUACCAAAGGGUAAGUGGUGGGAGGACCACAGUCAUCACAGAUGUAAUGGGAUGUUUAACCAUAGUAGCAUAAAAAAAAAUGGUGAAAUUUAGAGUUAUGUAGAGUCCCUGACAAUCCAAAGUCUACUGUCUACCCGUUUCUGGGUUUUGUCUGGACUUCAGGGGAUUCCUUCGACCCCCCAACAGAAAAUGAACUUGUGCAACAGUGUGCUUGUCCGAUGUGCAUAUGGCUGAGCUGGCUUUGGUAUGUAAAUAUCUUUGGCUUUAUUUGUGAAAGGUAAUUUAAGAGGUGUGAUUCUACUCAGGCCGAAUGUUCACAAUGAUGUCACUCUGCCAUUCUUUGUUAUUUAUCAGUGUAUUUAUAGUAAGUAUAGUCAUGGCCAUUUUAUAUAUCUAGCCCUGUAAUAAAACAAUUCUUAAUAUGUUUUAUCCCAUGUGGAGAUACAUAAAUAAAACUUAUGACACAGACACAGACACACACACACACA